AGGCAAAUGAGUGUUUUAGUUUCGCCGUGACAUCGCUAGAGUUAAGUCGGAUUUUGUGUUGCGCGCUGCCGGACGGUUGGUUUUUCGACGGGUGAAACGAUUUUUUUGCUUCGGUUGUUUUGUUGUUUUUGUUGCCGUCUUCUGGAAGGCUACGUGAAGACGGCCAGUGAAGCAUCUCGAGUUCGAGAAGAGGCAGAUUCCAUGUGGAAGGCAAAGAUUGCCGCUGAUGUUGAAAGCAAGGAAUGCGAGCGCGGCUCUGAGAAGCUAUCGCGUGUGAUUGGGAAGACGUGUCCGUGCAUGUAGAGAGCGGAAACCGUCGAGGGCGGCGGGAACUGGAAAAAAAAGUUGUGCGUUUAUCGGUUGUGCAUUGCUCGAGAAGGCGAAAUUGUAAUUGCGAAUCGAAGGCAAUUUUGGGUCGGGUGUGUAUGCAACGGAGAACCUACCUAGGAAAGGAAAGUGUUUCGAUGAUUGAUGAAUUUUACUGCGGUGCCCAGGUGUGACUAAACCGAUUAUGGAUUACGGCAAUGCCGACAUGCGGGAGCCGAUAAGCGAUGAAAUAAUUUCGGGGCAGUGAUUGAAGAGAAGCGAAUUUGAAUCACAAAAAAGUGAUUAGCGAAACCGAACGACGGAAGUGAUCAACAGUGUGUGGCAACAGAAAUAAGGCGCAGAGUGAAACAAUUAUUCUACGCGAAAGAAGCAAAGCUAGCCGAUAAAGAAGAAAACAGAAAGUUUCGAAGUGUUUAUCAGCAAAAACGCAAAUAUUGGAUCAAGACCGCAGAGAACCGGAACCGGCACCCAGAGAUAGAGAUAGUGAGCAGUUGAAAGCGGAGUGUUUGUGUUUUGGAGAACAUCCCAAAGUUUCUUAUCAGCAAGCAGAUAUCUACGCAUCCAGAUUAUCAAAUUCGAGAAGAUCGUUGAAGAAUGAUAGCGUUCAACAUGAGUGACGAACGGUGAAGAAAUAUUCCGUGUACCAAAGUGUAAUCAUUGUGUGUGUGUGUCAAAAUCCAAUCGGAUCUAAGUCCGUUUCAAAAGAAAGCGUAACAAGUGAAAAGUCCCAUUCCUUAAUCAGUGCAAAAAGUGCAAUGAGUCCCACCGCGGUGACAAUGUCAACGCCGAGGCUAGUGUUCCUCGCGGCGCUGGUGCUGGGGGCUGUGAGUGCUGCCCACUGGGACCACGCCGUCGAUCUGGACGAAAACUACCGGCUGCUGUGGAGCAUCAACAAUCAGGACAUUACGUUCGAGGUGCAGGCACGGACCCUGGGCUACGUCGGGCUGGGCUUCUCCACCGAUGGGUCCAUCUACGGGGCCGACAUCGUGAUCGGCUGGGUCGACAACGGGCAGGUCCACUUUCAGGACCGGCAUUUCAAGAUGAACAGCAACGGCGAACCGCACGUGGAUCCCUCGCAGGACUACGUCCUACUGCUGGGCUACGAGAACGCCACGCACACGGUGCUCCGGUUCCGGCGGAAGCUGGACACCUGCGAUACCAAUCAGGAUGUGCCCAUCACGAACGACACCAUCCGGAUCAUCUACAUGUACCACAACCGGGACCCGAAGAAUGGCGCCCAGGCGAUCGGGACCCUGCCGGAUCCGAACGAGGCCUUCAAGGAUUCGGUCCCGAUCUUCCUGACCCAGCGGGUGAACCAGGUUCCGAUCGAGCUGGACUCGCGGACCCGAACGCUGGAGCUGCGCAACAAAGACGUCGAGAUACCGAUGGGCGACGACAACCUCCGGUGGUGCAAGAUGUUCAAGCUGGACCAGUUCGUGCGGAAGCAUCACAUGAUACGGUACGAGCCCGUAAUCGAGUCCCGCUCGAAUCUACCGUUCAUGAAGCACAUCGUUCUGUACGAGUGCCAGGGUUCGACGCCGGAGCUGGAGAUCAUGUCCCGCGAGUUUGGCCGAUCGUGCAUGAAGGCCGAGAAGGAGCUACUGACCUGCAACUCGAUUGUGGCCGCCUGGUCCCGCGGUUCCGAGGGUUUCACAUUCCCACUGGAAGCCGGUUACCCGCUCGAUUCUUACCAGGCCCGUUUCUACAUGAUGGAAACGCACUACAUGGGCUUCCAGAGCAACUCCAUCGACAUGCGUCCCCGGAUGGACAACUCCGGUCUACGGCUGUACUAUUCGACCACUCUGCGCAAGCACGAUGCCGGAGUCCUCUCGGUUGGAAUUCAACCCAACUGGCGUCACAUCAUCCCACCCGGCCAAGAGAAGGUCGUAUCGGAAGGUCACUGCAUUGAGGAAUGCACUCAGCGAGCGUUCCCGCGCCCAGGCAUCAACAUCUUCGCCGUAAUGAUGCAAACCAGCCACAUGGGAAAGCAAGUCCGACUGAGGCAGAUCAGGUACCGCGAAGAGAUGCCUCCGAUCGCGCACGACCUGAACGUAGACUCCAACUAUCAGGAGUUCCGAAGACUACAUAGUCCAGUUAAGGCACUGCCAGGCGAUCGACUAAUCGCUGAAUGUUCCUACGAUAGCACGUCGCGAAAGACGAUUGCCCUCGGAGGUUACACCUCCCGAGAUGAAACCUGCCUGGUGCUCAGUUUGUACUACCCUCGUCAGAAAGAGCUCACAUCCUGCCACUCGAUACCUAGUCUACCGACGGUGCUACACGCCGUUGGAAUCAACGAGCUGGCCCCCGGUGCGAACCCAAUCCGGAUAGCAUCGCCGCCGGAAAUCGCCGGGAUGACUCUCGAGGAACGACUACUCUCCUACGAUUGGCGAGUAAACUUCAACGCGUUCCAAUACGUGAUACGUAAAGGUGCCUUCAAGCCUCUCUGUUGGAGCGCCCGGAACACCCCUAUCCCGGGCACCGACAACAUGGAUGCGUACGCCCCGAAUCUGACGCGCAUUUGGCGACCGACGCCCACGUGUGGCGUCGCGACGAGCAGUACCGGCGCCAACAGCAUCAACCGGUUCGUCACCGAGCGGGAAACCAACGUGCCCAGUUGGACGCUGCUCGAGGAGGACGACAGCAAUAAUGUGAUCGAGGGCGCGGCGCGGAGCAAAUCGAUCCGCAGUUCAACGCAAGCGGGGGUGGCCCAGUCCGGAACGGCGACGCUUGUGUCCAAGGUGGCGCUGUUUGUGAUCUUCAUCAACACGAUCAGGUUAGGGCAUCAGGUGGUGCUGUGAGCGAGUAGCGUCCUAAUUGCUGGAUGAGCGAAAAUGGAAGAAGCAAGCGAGUGAUGGGUGCGCUGUGAUUGGUGAUAGACUAGCGUAAGCACGAAUGGAAGAAGAGAGGAAACCUAAGCAAAUAGUCCAGGCAGGGUGUGCUCAGAGGAGAGUAAGGUGAGGGCACCCCCCGAGGAGAGACCAUAGAAAUAAAAGACUGUUGUGUAUAGAGAUAGCGGCAAUGAACGACAGGAGACGCAAUGAAUGAACGAAAGAUAGAGAUACGAAUAUUUUUGUACAGGUUUUAUAAUAAUUGUGUAUCAUAGUGGACGAGAAAAAAAGGGUAGAUUUUGUUCGGUUUUCUUGUUCGAGAGAAAAUCGCUAGUCAUUUGAACAGAUUCUGUUGAAUAGUAUUUAGAAGCGCGAGCAGCAGGCAGCCGAAAGAUUGGUCACUGCCACAGUUUCGAAUUAUUUAAAACCUAGCGAAAACAAAGUGGAACAUUUUAGCAGUAAGUGAUCAAUAGAAGCGGUAUAGACAAUUUAACUGUAAUGCCAAUAAGUCGAAUACACUUGAGCCAGUUGUUAACAUUGUAUAUUUUGUACAGAGAGAGAGAGAAAGAAGGUGACGACUGAGUGUAUCAUUUUUGUACAUAAAAUAGGAAUAAUAAAAAAUUGCGAUGAAUUGAAAUUUUAA